GCAACCGAGCCGAGCGAAAGCCUAGCGCCAUGACGGAAGGGCCGGCGGUCCCGGGAGCCGGGGACUGGGAGAUCGACGUGGAGAGCCUAGAGCUGGAGGAGGAUGGCUGUGGGGCUCCGCUGCGGGCCACGACUCAGGGACCCAGUCCGUCAACGGCGGACGGGGACGUCGAGGAGGACGAGGACGAAGAGGAGGAGGAUGAAGACGCAGAGGACGAGGGUGACGGCGAGGAGCCGGGCGCGUCCGCGGAGGUGCGGGAGGUGCCAGGCCGGCUAGAGCAGCCCGGAGGACUGGCACCCAGGCCACCGCCUGCGGCUCAGGCUCUGCCAGCCGCCGCCGCCGCCCCUGAGCGCUGUGCCACCGCGGGUGGCGGCGCAGAGCCACGCAAACUGAGCCGCACGCCCAAGUGCGCGCGCUGCCGGAACCACGGCGUGGUGUCCUGUCUCAAGGGCCACAAGCGCUUCUGUCGCUGGCGGGACUGCCAGUGCGCCAACUGCCUGCUCGUGGUGGAGCGCCAGCGUGUCAUGGCCGCCCAGGUGGCGCUCCGGAGGCAGCAGGCCACCGAGGACAAGAAGGGGCUUUCUGGGAAACAGAAUAAUUACGAGCGGAAAGCGGUGUACCAGAGGCAAGUCAGGGCGCCAAGUUUGCUGGCCAAAAGCAUUUUAGAAGGCUAUCGCCCAAUAACAGCGGAGACUUACCUGGGAGGAACCCUUCCUCUGCCUCCACCUGUUAGUGAUAGGAUGAGGAAGAGAAGAGCCUUUGCUGACAAAGAGUUGGAGAACAUUAUGCUGGAGAGAGAAUAUAAAGAGAGGGAGAUGUUGGAGACUUCCCAAGCUGCCGCCUUGUUCUUGCCCAACCGUAUGGUGCCAGGACCCGAAUACAGUUCCUACAAAAGUGCCUACAGCCCCACUACGGGGGAGCCCCCAAGCAAGGACUUCUGUAAUUUUUUACCAACCUGCCUUGAUCUCACCAUGCAGUAUUCAGGGUCGGGGAAUAUGGAACUGAUUUCUUCUAAUGUCAGCGUGGCCACAACUUACAGACAAUAUCCCCUGUCCUCACGAUUUUUAGUUUGGCCCAAAUGCGGUCCCAUUAGUGACACCCUUCUCUACCAGCAAUACCUGCUAAAUGCUACCACUUCUGUUCAAGCCCUGAAGCCUGGGGCCAGCUGGGACUUGAAAGGAACCCGAGUUCAGGAUGGCCUCAGUGCAGAACACGACAUGAUGCCACCCAAACCGGAAGGCUCCCUGGUGCUGCCGCAUCUACCCGAGACCCCAACCUCAAGAACUGACCUUCAGGCUCACCAGGUUGUCCCUGAGAGGUCUGCCUUCUCCCCACCCAGGCGGAAUUUCUCUCCUAUUGAUAUGGACUGCCUGGCAGCUCAAGGGCACGUCUUAACCAAGAUCAGCAAAGAAAACACUAGGCACCCUCUGCCACUUAAACAUAAUCCAUUCCACUCAGUAUUCCAGCAGACGCUCAACGACAAAUCAGGCCUCGAGUUGAAAACACCAUUUGUCAAGGAAGCCUUUGAAGGGACCCCAAAGAAGCACAGAGAGUGUUUGGUCAAGGAGAACCAGAAGUACACAUUUACAAUAGACAGAUGCGCCAAAGACCUCUUUGUAGCCAAACAAGUUGGAACGAAACUCUCGGCGAACGAGCCGCUGUCAUUUUCUGUUGAAUCUAUUCUUAAGAGGCCCUCGUCUGCCAUCACUCACGUCUCUCAGUGAAAAGGCUGCUUAAAUGGAGAGCUGGAUUUUUCUACAGUCUCAGAGGGGUCUUUGUAGAUGCCUUUUCUGCUUUUAAAGUUAAGAUGUUUGUAUAAAGAAAUUUCUAAUGUAAACGAUGAUUCCUAAGAUCCUAUGUAUUUCCUCUGCAUGUAUCUUUUCUUAUCACAUGAGUAUAUUUAAAGAUGGAAACUGCUUACUAUGCAAAUUGUAAGGUUCUAUGCUUUACACGACACUCCAAAAAGCAAUAAAAAUAACAUCGUCUUCCAAA